UUUUAUUUUUACAGUGUUGUUUUAGGCAUUAGUUGUCCCCAUAUAUGACGGUGAAAUAUAUCCAUUUAGUGAUGAUAGUUGGCAUCAGUGGCCCGUAGAGUCGUCGCCAUAUUGAAUCCCGCUAGUCCUCUCCCCAGCAGCUGAUAAUAAGAUGUUACAGACGGGAUCAUGUUUGGUGGUGUGGGCGUGUCUCUCCCUGGCUACGGGUUCCUACGUCUCUGGCUCUGCGGGUGGGGCUCCUCUGGACCUGCCUGAUGCUUUCCUGAGGGAGAUGGUAGCCAGGAUGGGGAGCGGCUUGGCUGAUUCAUCCCGGGACUACCUCGACCUGCCACCACGGGGGUUGGAGGCGCAGUUGGCUGAAGGAAUGUCCCCUCGAGCCAUGAAGGAGAUGCCAGCACCUCCCAUGGCCCUCGAUUACGAUGACAUCUCCCUCAGUCCCUCACUCAGGGAUCAGGAGUACCUCUCUCACUCCUCUCUCCUCAGUUCAGUCCUCGGAAACUACGAGGGAAAGAUGAAACAACGACCAAAACCCAGCUCUAGCGGCGUCAAGAGUAACAGCGGCAGUGAUGGCGUAUUACCUGCUUACUGCAACCCACCCAAUCCCUGUCCUCUUGGCUACACAGGUGCCGACGGUUGCCUGGAGGACUUUGAGAACACAGCAGGGUUCUCGCGAGACUACCAGGCUUUACAAGACUGUAUGUGUGACACAGAGCACAUGUUCGAGUGCGCGGAUUCCACCAGGGACUCAGAGAUCACAGCCCUGGCCCGCUCCAUCCAGAACGAGGGCGUGUUAGACUCUACCCUCGACAAGAUCAUGAGCGGCCUGGGUGACGGAAGCCAUCGUUUGGUAGCCAAGAAAUACCACGCCAAGAAGAGCUACAACCCAUACCUCCAGGGGGAGAAGCUGCCAGUGGCCGCCAAGAAGGGAGGUAGACUGUAAGACUGUACCUCAACACUGGCCAGGUCACGGUGGCCAGGUCACGGUGAACAGGUCACAGUGGACAGGUCACAGUGGACAGGUCACAGUGGACAGGUCACUGUAGACAGGCCACGGUAGACAGGUCAACACGUUGGACAGGCCACAGUGAAAAGAUCACAGUGUACAGGUCACGGUGGACAGGUCACAGUGGACAGGUCACAGUGGACAGGUCACAGUGGACAGGUCACAGUGGACAGGUCACAGUAGUGGUAAGAACAUCGAGCCUCAAGUACUCCUGCAGUAACACUUAUUCUCACCUUCAUUAUAGCAUUAUUUUCUCCUCUCUACCAAAAUAUCCAGUGUUAGCCCUCCUCCUCCUCCUCCUCCUCCUCCUCCUCCUCCUCCUCCUCUUACCCCGCCCCGCCAAAACAGACGAUAAUUUUUGUUUUUGUGUGAAAUUCUGUUGUUGUCGUCUGCCUCAAAUUGCAUCAUUAUUACUAGUUGAAUAUUUAUUUUUCCCCAUUCUCUCUUAUUUUGCAUUUCUCUUAUUACCCCAUUCUCUCUUAUUUCCCAAUUCUCUUAUUUCCCCAUUCCUUAUUAUUCUCAUUUCUCUUAUUUCCCAUUUUCUCUGAACCUCCACUCUAAACCCCAUUCUCUAAAUGACUUAUUGUUUGUUUUAUCAUCUUACAGUACUGCAUGUCAGAUACAGUGCCUCUGUGGAUCACCUAACAUAAGUAACUGAGGAUGAGUGUUAUUGUCAGAUACUGUACUAAGGUUCUGUUCAGGUCACACUUCACUGAUCAUUUCAGUAACACAGUCUCAAGAGGCUGUCGCAAGGCCAGGGCAUUCCCAGUAUAACAGCGUAGAAAAUACAAAAAAAAAAUAAUAACAAAGAAAAUAUACAUAUACAUACAUUUACGGUAUAUACAGUGUAUAUAUAGUAUGUACUGUGUAUAUAUGUGUAUGUAUAUAUAAAUGAAAAUAAAAGUUAUUGUAAUUUUACUUCAGAUAAUGACUUCAUUUGAUAAAUACCUUGAGGGUUAUGAUUAAGAAUUUCUGUAUAAGACUGAGUAGGGGCGCGUGCGGUGACCAGUGUAGGUCUGCGUCACCGUCUGCAGCGAGAGUAAUAGAUCAGUGUACCAUCUAUUCCCUCGUCAGUGUGGCAGAGGGGGGUCAUCAUUUUCAUCACCUUGGGGUAAAAAAAAAAAUAUCAUCUUCCAUUUUAUCCAUGAAGGGAAAGUGUUCUCUAUACCCCCCUAGACAUAAUUAUAAAUAUGUCUUCAAGAAUAUCUCCCACUCAUAUCAAGCGGGCAUAGUGUUAUUCAUCUUAGCUAUUAUUAAACGCAAGAAACCUUUAUAUAUAUAUAUAUAUAUAUAUAUAUAUAUAUAUAUAUAUAUAUAUAUAUAUAUAUAUAUAUAUAUAUAUAUAUAUAUAUAUAUAUUGGCAGAUGAAAUAUUUACGUGGGUUUCUUUUCAUACAUUGUUAUUCACAUUAGGAUGAUAAUACAGCUAUAAAUUAUACAUAAAAAUGUUUAUUCAUCCCAAGGACAAUGAAGGAAGUAGAGUAUGAAUUAAGAUGAUGUUUUCGCGCCCUAAGAUGUGUCGUGUGAAUCAGUGUAAUCAAUGUCAGCGUAACACACACACACACUCACUCUUACAAGCUAUUUUUCAAAUGGAGAAAUUCUUAGCCCCAAAGUAGUUCAGAUUUAGAAGAUUAUUAACAUGAAAUUAUAGAUACACAUAAUAGAUAUUUAUAAAGGAAAAUGUUCAGUAUUUAAUGUGAUAUAUUUAUGUAACCAAAAAAAUAAUAAUUAUAUAUAUAUAUAUAUAUAUAUAUAUAUAUAUAUAUAUAUAUAUAUAUAUAUAUAUAUAUAUAUAUAUAUAUAUAUAUAUAUAUAUAUAUAUAUAUAUAUAUAUAUAUAUAUAUAUAUAGACGAAAUAUUAAUUACUGGUUUAUUUAGCUUGAAACAAAAAUCUUAAAAUUGCUAUGAAGUUCAUUGUUUUUUUCUGUUUUUUUUUCAUUAUAAAACAUUAUAACAUUUAACAUUAUCAGCCACGGUGUAACAUUAACUUGUACAUAUAAUCUGUAUAAUUCCCCCAGUUAUAAUCAUCCUUUAUCAUACACACUCCCUUUGAAUUAUUCCACCCCCCUCCCCACCCCAGUCAUCAAUUAUACAUUUAAAUUAUAUACACACCUAAAGUUGACCGAAAAUAAUACAACAUGUUUCGUACAAGAUCAAAGUCACACUCGUCAUGACUUGUAUACCAAUAGAUGUGUCUAUAAAGAGUACAUAUUAAGCGUAUAAUAUAGACUGCGUGGGAAGAGGGGGGAUAGAUAUGUAUAAUAUUCACUAGGGAGUGUUUUAAUAUACACAUAAUAAUAACUGGAAAAAAGGCAAUCAUCCAGGUUAGUGUAAAUUAUUCGUGGCACCUCACCUAUCAUAAUAACAGUACCAAAACAAACCCCACAAACUGUAUCUCUGGGUUGCUGUAAAAAAAAAAAAAAUAGCUCUCCUCGCCAUCCCCCAUCAAUGCAUUAUACCAUAUUAACUAUUUUCUUAUGUAUUAAUAGAGUUUUAUGUUAUACUUUACUUUGGGUUGGUAUUCAUCUGCUAAAAGGAUUGUAGCAUUGAGAAUAUUAUCACCCAGGUGUCAUAGAUUCAUGUGCUUUCUACCUGUUAGUUAUUUCUUAGUCUUCCUGUAGGUAUAAAAACAGAGAGAGAGAGGGAGGGAAAGAGAGAGAGAGAGAGAAAUCACAAUAAAACACACGAACAGGACAAGUCAGAUGAACUAGUAGGGAGUAUGUAGAAUUGAAAUAUCUGUUUAUGUGGAAAUAAUUUUUUUGAAGGGGGGGGGUUAAGAUCUGGCUGUGUCAUAUAUUACUGAGGUGUCCUGAUAAUAACAUCUACCUGUGAUUGAUACCAUAAUCCAGGUAAGGUUAAGCAGGUGACUUUUGAGAAGAAUGAAGGAAACCUUGUUAAUUAAUUAAUCAACCUUGAGUAUGAUUUAAUAAAAUAUAAAAAUCAGAAGUUAGUUGCAUGUCGUUAGCAGCUCCCCUCCCUCCCCCCCCCCUCCCAAAAGGUUGUAAGGCCUCUCCUCGGUGUGAUGCAGCUUCAGGAGGUUUAUAUUCUACUCUAUAGGCCGGAGCUGUGAAUAGCUCCAUAAGAGAAUUAGACCGGGACAUAAUUCCUUUGUGAGCCUGAACUGUGUGGGAAUUUAAUACUGAUCUACAUACAUACACACGCACCCACACAAACACACCCACACACCCACACACACACACCCACACACACACACACUUACAAAGGCUAUCCGGAUAAUGACUAAAGUUUGGGCAGGAAAAGUUAUUCAUUGAGGAACUAAAUCAAUGGAUGACUUUUUUUUUGCUUCGCCCAUUUAAAGUCUUGGUUUGUUCAUGCCCCCAUUAUUAAAUUAAAUGAAAGAUACCAUAAAUUUCCAUUACCAUUUUGUCAGAUAACUUGUCAAGAUUAAAAAAAAAAAAAUUGGACAACAUGUCAGAGAGGGAGAGAGAGAGUCAGACACCGAUUGACUCAACGAUCUUCACUACCACUCAUAUCAACAACAUCACUAAUUACAUGGUCCAGCAAGUACAGUAACAUCAACAGACGACAAAAACACCAAUAAAGAACAAUAAGAACUUUCACCUAUGAACUUUAUGUAUUGAACUUUUGAACUUGGUUGAUUUGGUUUUCUGGCCGUCGACAUCUUGGAUACAUUAUGGCUCUUAGAUUUUUUUUUUUUUGCCUGUGGCUUUUCAAUGUAUUAUUUGUCAUUCUUCUUCUUCUUCUUACUACCAGUCAGUGAUGAUGAAUGGAAUGCUUGAAAAACUGUAUGAAAUGUGAGUGAGGUAGAAACAUACGCCUGUACUGUGUCUACCUACUACUGGAUGAUAAUUAUACACAUUUCGUUCCUUGAUAUUUUCUUUUAUUUAUUUUUUUUUAAAGAGAUUUUAACAUUUUGUAGUUUUGAUUGUUUUUGGUUUUUAGUUGAUUUGUAUUUUAUAUUCCUUAAGACAGAGAUAAAUUUAUGGUGUGUUAGCUAAGUCAAUCUAGUCUUAUUUAAAACAUUUAUUUUUUAUGAGUUUAUCAGUAAUUCUAAAUUAUCAAUGACUAUUUUUAUACAUAGUGUCACGACAAUUAUGCUUUCAAUCAUUACAUACAAACAUACACACAAUUAAUCAACUUUAUAUUAUAUUCAGCGAUGCAAUUAUAUUAAAAAAAAAUAUUGGAAUUAUUCUUGUUUUAAAAGUAUUAAGUUUAUUACCUCAUUAAGUAUGCUGUAAGUCUUCAGAAUAUAUUGAGUUAUUUAGUCUACUAGAUUACAAUGAUCUUAUAUCUACCUGCAUAAUAUAUUCAUAAUCCUUUUCUCUUCUGAAUUGGUAUAUGUGUUUCAUAAAUGUCAUAAUCAAUGUCAACAAAAUAUCUAAAUAAAUAAAUAAACUGAUUAAAAAACCAA